AUGUCAGAGAAGAACCCUGACGUUGGACCGGAAAGCGUCGACAUCAAACUGACGCCUCUCAAGGUGCGUCAUAGCUAUUUUUCAUUUUCUAAUUUGGCUUGUAAAUGUUUCCUUUUCAGGGUCACAAAGGUGAUCUCGUGGACGAUACCGCUGAAGAUGCCGUUGAAACUACUCGUCUUAAGUGAGCUUUAUUUCUAUACUUACCUGUUUUUUUUCCAACAUUUAUUUGGAAAGAUGCAAACUAAUGGACACUGAAAAACAAAAAACGGUUUUUGUUCACUAUCAAUAUAUCUGCAGAGUGUACAAUCGACGAUGGAUUGUUCUGAUCACGGUCGCUCUUUUGAACAACACCAACACAAUGUCCUGGAUCGCCUAUGCGCCGUCUGGAAACUAUGUCAAUAGUUUUUAUGGACCUAGCAGUGCUUCUUGGUAAUUUUUUUUUGAAACGGGAGCGCUCUUCUUAGAGCAAACUUUUUGAUUCUCAUGAACUAUUGUAAGCAAUUAUAAAUAUUGUCGCCAGAAGCCCGGCUAAAUUUUAAGCAUAUAAACAAGUGGGUAUAAAUUUUCUCAUUGAUUACUUGAGGCUCUAGUAAAUGGGAUUUCCAAAAAAAUCAACUCGAAAACGUUAGAAACCCUAUGUUCAAUCUCCCGUAAGCCAGCAGUAGAGUUAUUGAUCAAUAAUUUCACAAAAAUCGUGUAAACUUCUUUUUCCAUCCUUUUUCACACACCACUAUUGGACUUAUGAUAAAAAUAUAGUUAAAAUAUUCAAUUUUUGAUCUCAUGGAUAUUUUAUCAGUUUGAGCUUUUUUCAACUAUCCCUAAAAUUUUCAGUUUUCGGUUUUAUAACUAGAAAAAAUGAGUUUCAGGUUUUCAAUGGUCUACAUGCUUUGUACGAUUCCUGUGGGUUUCUGCGCUAUGUGGGCUGGUCGCAAAUUUGGACUGCGCAGUGCCAUUCUAAUCGCAGGUAUUUUCGUCUAAUCUUGGCCCGAUUUGGUUAUCAGUGGUUAUCUUUGGAAGGGCAGAAGAAGGUAACAACUAGAAAUGUUCAAUAAAAAACAUACUUUUUAGAAUGGCUACAAAUUUUUUUUUUUUUUUCGUUUGCAUAUUGGCGUUUAUUGCAUUUGAUAGAGAAAUCUUAUUAAGAAAUUGAAAAAAAUUUCAAAUAUAUCAAUAGCCUGAAAUUUGUAGGAUGGACCAAUGGAAUCGGUAGCAUCAUUCGGCUAAUCUCUUCUUUCGGCUUUGUUCCGGUCAACCUCCGAUUUCCGAUUGCGAUCGUUGGACAAGCCAUUGCUGCAGUAGCUUAUCCUUUCAUCAUGUUUCUGCCCACUAAGGUGUUCAUUUGAAUCCGAAUAUGACGAUGUCAUGCGAACUGAAAAACCUUUGCUUUAGUUCAGGAGGUGUGAGGAAAGAUAGGUUGAAUAACGUUUUAUUGGUGUUUUCAAUGGUUACAAAAGCACUAGUGUUGAAUGAUAAAUGAAAAUCCACCAUGAGUUUCAUACCAAAGAUCUCACCAUAUCAUGGAUUUUUAAUAACAAUUUUGAAAAAUUGUCGAAACCUUUUGAAGUUUUUUAUUCAGUCUUUUAAAAAGGUUCUCUGCUGAAUCAUGGCAUACUUAAGAAGUUAUUUGGCGGUUCACAGAAGUGUCGUUGAUCAAGAAUAGGGCGUAAAACAUCUCGUCAUUCCCGAACCAGUAGUAGACGAGUUUUGAGCGUACCGAUGAUCAAAUGUUUCUCCAUGUAGAAACAGUACGCCGCCCAGUUUGUCAAGGAUGAAAAGCGUCGGUUUGAAUAUCUAGCGAAAGCGGAAUUAAAGAGAGACGCCUUGGGAAUUAGAAAUUAGAUGAAAUCUUUUGUUAGAAAUCAAUCACGAUUAUAAAAAAGGCUCAAUUCCAGGUUGCCGGAUCGUGGUUCCCCGACACGCAACGCGCUCUCGCCACUACGAUCGGAGUGAUGUCAAACCCCCUUGGAGUUCUGAUGGCGAAUCUCAUCAGUCCGAGCAUCGUCAAAAACACCGACGACGUUCCGUAUCUUAACUGGUUUACCUGUAUCCCAUCCGUCAUUGUCAUGCUUCUCGCUACGGUACGAUGAGAUUUUUUCAUUUCUCAUAGAAAUUAGAAAUUUAGUUUGGCGUCAACAGAAGCGAGCCGAAAAUUCCGCCUACGUUCAGUGCCAGCAAGCCUCAGAUGGACUUCAUUCCUGGUAAAAAAACAUUUUUCUCAUUUUAGGAACGAAAGGUUUUUUUGUUUGAAAUCCGCGCAUAAGAAGUUCCUGUAAAAACUUCGAGAUUUUUCAAAAUUUUUUCUGAGAAAAAAAAACUUUUCCUUUCCUUCGAGAAAAAGCCUUUCAAAUUAAAAAUCACUGUUAGGAAAAUUUAUUUUUUACUAUAUGUAAUUUUGCGACUUUGAAUAAAAUUGAAGAAGAACUAUGGAAAUUCUUAAGUAAGCCUUUAAUGCUUCAGAUUUGUUUUUGUGUUUUUAUUAUUAUGCAGUGCUUUGAGAAAAAAUUAUUGCCGAAAAAAAGUCCCGUAGACAUGAAAAAUGAUUUCAGGUCUCAAGAACUGCUUCACCUCGAAACAGUACAUUGUCCUCUUGAUUGUCAUGGGCGGUGGAAUCGGAAUGUUCAACUGCCUGUACACUGUAAUGCUUGUGAGUGGCUCAAUUAUCUUUCAACUUAAGAAUUUCAAAAAAUGUAACUACCGUUUUUCAGGACCUUCUGUGCCCCUCCGGCUAUUCCAACACGUUCUCAGGUCUCUGUGCCGCUCUCAUGAUCAUUGGGGGAGUUUUCGGGGCAGCAGCCAGUGGUAGGACUCGACAUUUCGGACUUUCCAAACUGAAUCUUUUAAUUACAGGUAUCUUUGUCGAUCGCACCAAGUUAUAUGAAGAGACCCUCAAAAUCGCUCUCGGUAUCGCUGUCGUUUUUGGCUUGAUUUUCCUUCAGGUUUAGCUCAUCGUUUGUUUCAAUCAAUAAAUAAGCCAUAAUUUCAGCUUUCUCUGCACCCUGAUGUAGGAGUUCUCCUCUGUAUCACUUGCCUACUGUUUGGAGUCAUGGGCCUCGCUACGUAUCCGAUCGGUCUGGAACUCGCUUCUGAAUGCACCUUCCCAGUUUCCGAAGCCACUUCCACCGGUCUUAUCGUGCUUUCAGGACAGGUGAAGUCUCUUCAUUCAGUUAAGUGACUGAAAUGUUUUUAUUUUCAGGUUCAAAGUGUGAUUUAUGUCAUGAUGAUGAAGACUCUGUCGCGCCCGCUGCCUUUCCACAAGAUGAAGUAUCAGGUUUGGUUAUUUUUCCUUGUUUUUUAGCUUUAGUCACACAUAAACAAGAAUAAAUUUUUUUGUACUUAUGCUUUAUAACUAGCAGUUUUGUCAAAAGUUUCAAUUUUAAAAUUUCCUUAAAAUCUGCAGAGGCAACACCAAAUUUUUAAAUGAAACUGCCACUUGUUCUUUUGUAUAAGAAGGAAAUUCAUUUUGUAAAAACUUUUUUUCGCAUUUUUUUAUUUUUGAACUCCCAUAAAAUUUGAAAGAAAAAAAUCGUAUUUCAAAAAAAUUUUAACAAGAAUAAAAAGGCUAGAUGUUCUCCUUCAGGUAUGCCAGCUUGACAAGAACGACACCUCCAAUAUUCCGAAAGACAACUCGAUGUCCAUUAUGGUGAGUUCAUGCUUUAGCUGAUAUCAUUAGCCAAGUAAUGAAUUUGAACAAUUGCUUCGAGCUUUUUGUACUUUAUGUCCGUAAUUAAUAGAUUUUGGCCGAAAUUAGAUUGAAUAAACCAGUUUUUGAAAAAUUAAUUAUUUCUUUCUUUCUGUUGGUGAAGGAAUCAUUUUUCGGUUCGUUUCAAUACCGAAUCAAAUUUGACAGAGAAAUAAAAGUGAAAAUCGGAAAUGUUAAAGCUGGACGUUUGCGCGAGAACUUGCUGUUUCUUUUGUUAAGAAGGCGUAUCUUCUUUCUCACUGAUGAAUCUGAGUUUAAAAAAAAUGUAUCAAUAAUUACCGAUCACACAUUCGCAAAGGUCCUUUCUACGGAAUAGCCUCAACUUUCAGGCCUUCUCGAUUCUGGCGGCGGUUCUAGUUUUCCUGGUGGUCCUGCUUUUCCACCCGGUCUAUAAACGUCUGGAAGCCGAACGUGGCAACCGUGCGGCUGAAGACAAGGCCAAAGAGCGCGCCAUUGAGAACGCCCGCGAUAAGAUAACCCUCGACACUGGUAGUCCGACUCAGCCCCUCCAGUCCUAA